GACCCACGGCCCGCUUCUUCCGCGGGCCGGUUGUCCCACUCCUCUGCCCCCCGUGUGGCGACCCCUCCCCAGCACGCGCACACACACCACACACACGCCACACACGCCACACUCCGUGCCCAGCGCCUGUGUGGCGACCCUUCCCCACGCACACACACUCCCUGCCCGGUACAAUGGCUGCUGAGUCAGCAGCCCCAGUUCCCUGCCAAACCAAGUCAGCAGUCCUGGGACAGGAACCAGUUGGAUGCUAUCUCUUCCAGCCCCAAACUUUCCCUUUUCACAGAUGAGGAAACUGAGGCCAGAGCCCGGAGGAGGGGAGAAAGAGGUGCAGACAAAGGAGGAGGGUGCAGAGCAAGACUGAGGGCAGGGCCUGGAAGGAAAGAACUGAGGAAGGGAAGAAGAGCUCUCUGCCAGGAAGAACGCGGCACUGCCUGGGGAAGGGAGGGGGAAGGCUGCCUGACUUCCCACCUUUUCAGAUGUGGGAGUAAGAGAGGAGGAAAGCAAGGAGAUUGGCAGCCUAGGAGGGCUUCUUGGGAGAGGCAAGUGGAACUGGUCCUGAAGGGUAUCUCUGAAUUAGGAAGAGCUGAAGAGGAGGGCAGCCAAGAAGGAAACAGUCUGUGCAAAGGCACAGGGCACCUAACACAAAAAUGUACAGCAUGUUCUAGGGGCAUCUGUGGAGCUAGGCUGGGUGGGGAACUAGUGGCACCUGCCCUGUGCAAUGAAUACUUUGUACUGAAGGGCAGGCAGGGCAGGGGUCCAGCUCUGGAAGGCCUGAGCACCCGGGCAGACAUGGAUUUGAGGACAGGACAUCUCAGCUCAGACGGCAAACAUAAUGAUGGAGGUGGUACAGAGGCUUUGGGGCAUGAGACCGAGUCUGGAGCUAAGGAAGGCUCCUUGAAGUGUAUCUGGGCUGGGAUGCAAAGGAAGAAUGGGAAUUAGGCAAUAAAAUCAAAGGUGGUGGAUGACAGGGAAAGGGACAGCCGGGCAAAGAAGGAGUUAAAAAACCAAAUUCAGCUCUUUGGAGUAAGCAGAUAGUUCCUAGUGGCAGUGUAGCUCUCUAUUGGUGAGGGCCAAGCCGUCAGAGGGGAGAAGGAAUCAAGGAAGUGGCUGGAGAGGGACCUCAGAACAGCAUGUCCGGAUUCGAGUCAUCAAGAAGAAAAAGAUCAUCAUGAAGAAGCGAAAGAAGCUAACUCCCCCCAGACCCCCGGUGACUGCCAGGGCUUCAGUGACCACCAGUCCCGCAAGGACCCUUGACCUCCCCGAGAAGCAAGAACCAGACUGUCCCCCUUUGGGCCUGGAGUCCCUGCGAGUUUCAGAUAACCAGCUUGAUGCAUCUAGCAGCCAGUCCUUUGGUCUUGGACCGCACCGAGGACGGCUCAACAUCCAGUCAGGCCUCGAGGAUGGUGACCUUUUUGAUGGUGCCUGGUGUGCCGAGCAGCAGGAUGCCGAGCCCUGGCUUCAGGUGGAUGCUAGGCACCCCACCCGCUUCUCAGGCAUUAUCACACAGGGCAGGAACUCCAUCUGGAGGUAUGACUGGGUCACAUCAUACAAGGUCCAGUUCAGCAAUGACAGCCUUACCUGGUGGGGGAGUAAGAAUCGCAGCAGUGGGAUGGACGCGGUAUUUCCUGCCAAUUCGGACCCAGAGACACCCGUGCUGAACCUCCUGCCUGAGCCGCAGGUGGCCCGUUUCAUUCGCCUGCUGCCCCAGACCUGGCUCCAGGGAGGUGCAUCCUGCCUCCGGGCAGAGAUCCUGGCCUGCCCAGUCUCAGAUCCUAAUGGUCUGUUCCCUGAGGUCCCUGUGCUGGGAUCCUCCGACACACUGGACUUCCGGCAUCAUGAUUAUAAAGCCAUGAGGAAGCUGAUGAAGCAGGUGAACGAGCAGUGCCCCAACAUCACCCGCGUCUACAGCAUCGGGAAGAGCCACCAGGGCCUGAAGCUGUAUGUGAUGGAAAUGUCAGACCAGCCUGGGGAGCAUGAGCUGGGAGAGCCUGAGGUGCGCUACGUGGCCGGCAUGCAUGGGAAUGAGGCCCUGGGGCGGGAGUUGCUCCUGCUCCUAAUGCAGUUCCUGUGCCGUGAGUUCCUGAGAGGGGACCCGCGGGUGACCCGGCUGCUCACCGAGACGCGCAUUCACCUGCUGCCCUCCAUGAACCCUGACGGCUAUGAGACUGCCUUCCGCCGGGGCUCGGAGCUGGUGGGCUGGGCAGAGGGCCGCUGGAACCAUCAGGGCAUUGACCUUAACCAUAAUUUUGCUGACCUCAACACACCACUGUGGGAAGCAGAGGAUGAUGGGCUGGUGCCUGACACUGUCCCCAACCAUCACCUGCCACUGCCUACUUACUACACCCUGCCCAAUGCCACUGUGGCUCCUGAAACGUGGGCAGUGAUCAAGUGGAUGGAACGGAUCCCUUUUGUGCUAAGUGCCAACCUCCACGGGGGUGAGCUCGUGGUGUCCUACCCCUUCGACAUGACUCGGACUCCGUGGGCCGCCCGUGAACUCACGCCCACCCCAGAUGAGGCAGUGUUUCGCUGGCUCAGCACUGUCUAUGCUGGCACUAAUUGGGCAAUGCAGGACCCAGAUCGCCGACCCUGCCACAGCCAGGACUUCUCCUCGUAUGGCAACAUCAUCAACGGGGCUGACUGGCACACAGUUCCUGGGAGCAUGAAUGACUUCAGCUACCUACACACCAACUGCUUUGAGGUCACUGUGGAGCUGUCCUGUGACAAGUUUCCUCACGAGAACGAGCUGCGCCAGGAGUGGGAGAACAACAAAGAUGCCCUUCUCACCUACCUGGAACAGGUGCGCAUGGGCAUUGCCGGAGUUGUGAGGGACAAGGACACGGAGAUUGGGAUUGCUGAUGCUGUCAUUGCUGUGGAUGGGAUUAACCAUGAUGUAACAACGGCAUGGGGCGGGGAUUAUUGGCGCCUGCUGACCCCAGGGGACUAUGUGGUGACUGCCAGUGCUGAGGGCUACCACGCAGCGACUCGGAACUGCCGGGUCACCUUUGAAGAGGGCCCUGUGCCCUGCAAUUUCCACCUCACCAAGACUCCCAAACAGAGACUUCGAGAGCUGCUGGCGGCUGGGGCCAAGGUGCCCCCGGACCUUCGGAGGCGGCUGGAGCGACUGAGGGGACAGAAUUAACACCUCUAGCCGAAGAGCCCCAGAGCCUUGGGCAGGCUGGACCUGUCCAGAACUGAAGGAGGGGGC